AUGAUCCCUGAAAAACUCUCUCAUGGCCUUAAACAGGCUGCUCCUGGAGAUGCUGUCCCCAAAGGCACUGUUCCCGAAGGCACUGUUCCCGAAGGCACUGUUCCCGAAGGCACUAUUCCCGAAGACGCCGCUUUCGAACACACUGCUGUGGAAAACCAAAUGUCUGAACCAAUGGAUAGAAGAGAAUUCCUCAUCCAGGUCUCUGCAAAGCAUAUGAUGUUUGCCUCAUCGGUUUUCAAGAAAACUCUCACCGGCAGUUGGAAGGAAAGUGAACUUUAUCUGAAGAAAGGCUCAGUUGAGGUUACGGCAGACGGCUGGGAUUCCGAAGCGCUCUUGAUUAUUCUUCGUGCGAUACACUGUCAAUACAACCAAAUACCAAAAAAGGUGACUCUAGAGAUGCUCGCUAAGAUUUCAGUGAUAGCCGACUACUACGAUUGCAAAGAUGUUCUAUACAUAAUGACAGAUAUAUGGAUCGGUUCUCUGGAUGAAAAAGUUACAACAUGUUCACGAGACCUAAUGCUCUGGUUAUGGGUUUCUUGGUUUUUUAAGCGCCCUACACGGUUCAAAGAAGUAACAUCAACUGUUAUGUCAUUGGCUGACGGUCUGAUUGAUGUUCGGGGCCUUCCGUUCCCCGAUAGAGUCAUCGGGUCAAUGGACAAAUCUCGACAAGAGGCUAUCGAGAACGUGAUACUCCUUCUUUAUGAGACACGUGAGGCCUUUUUAAGCGGAAAUCGAGGUUAUUCGGUCAAGGCCUCUUCUUUCACCGAGGCCUGCACCUCCUUUUCUGGAUCGCCAUAUUGGUAUAAACCAUCCUUCACAUCCUCGAAGCGUGGUCAAGCUUAUGGCCAUGAGUUCGGUCAAGCUUAUGACCAUGAGUUCGGUCAAGCUUAUGACCAUGAGUUCGGUCAAGCUUAUGACCAUGAGUUCGGUCAAGCUUAUGACCAUGAGUUCGGUCAAGCUUAUGACCAUGAGUUCGGUCAAGCUUAUGGCCAUGAGCUCGGUCAAGCUUAUGCCCAUGAGUGUUCUGACUCAAAAUUCGCUCCGCUGUUCGCGAGUUUGAACUGUUCCAUCGAGGGACUGGAACUAGAAAAAUUCUCUAAUUCCUAA